AUGCUCGACACAGACAAGCACAAGAAGAAGAGAAUGGUGAGCGCGGAGGUGCGGCUGUCGUGCAGGACGUGCGAGAGACUGAUGAAGCGAUACAUCGAGAGAAUGGUGGAGUUCGACGGCACUGGCUUCGGCAGCUCGUCCUUCAGACAGUUCUGCGAGGCAAUCGCACAGACAGAGACCGACCAAUUCACAGAAGCAGACGUGAGCGGCAGGAGACAAGAGACACGCACAAUCAAACAUUCACUGUUGCAUGUCUGCUUGUGUGUGUGUUGGUGUGUCAGAUUCGUGAGUGCAUCAGCAUGGCUGCCAAUCUUCAGGCGAGAGCUGGCACGGUGGUGUCGGCCUCCCCCUCCCUCCCUACACCAGGCUUCGCCGCGAGAUUCCUGGCUGAAUGCUCCAAGAAAGGCGGGCCACCAAGCUGCUACAAAGGCAAGAAAUCACUGCAACGGCCCAUUGUGAUUGAAAGCUCUGUCGUGAGUGCAGGGUACUGUGAGCGAGAGGCUUCCUGCGUGGAGUGCCCGACGGGUGUGCGACUGACAGACAAAUCAAGCAAAGACAAGAUGACGAGUGGAUUUUGGAUUGUGUGUGAUGUCAAGGUCCUUUCAUGAUCAACGAGGGCCGCCGCAUGAUCAACGCGACGUGCUCAAAUCACGGCGCGUGUCGGCUCAAGAAAGGUGCCUUCACUCGUGUCGCUCGUGUAUGUGUGGUCACACUGUCAUUCAUUAUUUGACAGGCGGUGGUGUCUUCUGCCUGUGUGACGUCAAGUAUCAUGGCAAGAGCUGUGAGCACAAAGAAGCGGCAUAG